AAAUCACUCCCCAUCUCAGUCAAAACCUUCACAGUCUUCCUGCCAUGGCUGCCCUACAAAUCACGUUAACGCGUCUUCUCACUCCUUCACUCUCUCUCUCUCUCUCUCCUUCCUUCUUCCUCUCCGCACAGACUCAUUAUUUUGUCACUCUCUCUUAAAUGGUAACCUCUGAAAGAGAGGAAGAAAAGCAGGAUUCUCUUCUCUUUCAUGAUUUAGCAGCAGCCCUCUCAAUACCCAACUCCUUGCAAUAACUCUCUCUCUCUCUCUCUCUCUCUCUGUGAGAGGUCUUCUGCCACCGCCAAGCAUCACCAUUAGCCAUUUGCCCCUCUGCCCACAUCCCCAUUGUGGCAGUCCUGCCAUGAAUUUAAGGCACCGCCGUCCAUAAACCAGACAUACCCACAACCCCCCUUUCUCCACAUCCAGCGGCCAACAGAUGCAGCAGCACACGCUGGGUCUCACAACUGCUGGUAGUGGCGCCGCCGCCGGAGCCUCCCCUCUCGGCUUCACGCCGGAGGAAUGCGUCGACAUCAUCUCCCACCUCAUCCCCCUCAUCCUCCUGAGCAUCGUGUCGGUGAGGUCCUUCUCCGGCCGGUGGCAGACCAUCCGCUCCAAGCUGGAGCACCUCAAGGCCUGCGUCUCUUCGGUCGCGGAGUCCGCGCACUACGCGGAGAACGGCCUGCUGCGCGAGCUCCUCCCCAGGGUCCUGUCGACGCUGGAGCAGGCGAGGGAGCUCGUUCAGCAGUGCAGCGACAUGACCUUCUCCGGGAAGCUCCUGAUGCAGAGCAACCUUGACAUGCUCAUCUCCUCCCUGGGCCUUCACCUGCGCGACCUCGACGUCUUGCUGAAGAGCGGCGUGCUCGACCAGUCCAACGCCAUCGUCCUUUCCUGGCCCGGCCCCGCCUCCAGCCGCGACGACGUCGGCCUCUUCGUCAGGGACGUCUUCGCGAGGCUGCAGAUCGGCAGCGUCGACCACAAGAAGAAGGCCCUGUGCUCGCUGAUCAAGCUGCUGGAGGAAGAUCAGAAGAACGCGGCCGCCAUCGCCGCAGAGGGCGAUUUCGGCUUCUUGGUCCACCUGCUUGACUCCAAUCACCCGCCCGUCCGAGAGCAAGCAGCCGUCGCCGUCGCCGCCCUCGCCACAACGGAGGUCUGCAGGCAAAGCCUCUUCACGGAGGGGGUUCUCGGUCCCCUGAUCAGGCUCCUGGACUCCGGAACGCUGCUCGCGAAGGAAAGCGCGGCGUCCGCUAUCGAAUUGCUGACGGCCGAUGCGGACAACGCGUGGGCGGUAUCCGCCUACGGCGGCGCCACUGCGCUGCUCAACGCAUGCCAUUCCGGGUCGCCGGCGAUUCAGGCCCGGUGCGCGGCGGCGUUGAGGAACGUGGCCAUGGUGAGCGAGAUGCGGAAGAGCCUGGUGGAGGAAGGCGUGGUGCCGGAGCUGUUGGCUCUAUUGAGCCGGGGUACGGGCUCGGCGCAGGAGCACGCGGCCGAGUGCCUGAACGUGCUGGCUCUAUCCGAGGAGGCCGUACGGCGGGAAAUCGUCUCCGAGGGUGGUGUUCAGACCAUGCUCCGGCUGCUGGACGAGCCGGCCAGCGUGAAGGCCCAAGAGGCCGUCGUCAAGGCCAUGUUCAGUCUCUCCUGUUCCCCUUCCUCCGCCACGGCCCUGCGAUCGAGCCCCGCCUUCUUGCGGAAGCUCGCUGAGAUACUGAAAUCCGGGCAGUCGCCUGCCACGCUGACGCUGGCGGCCUCCGCCGUCUGCAACCUCUCCCUCUGCGAGGACAGCAAGCGGGCUCUCGGUGAGGCCGGUUGCAUCGCGUCUCUGGUGAAGCUUUUGGAGUCGAAGCCGAGCUCGGCGCAGGAGGUCGCCGCUCAGGCCCUGUCUUCUCUGCUCGUCGUGCCGGCAAACCGAAAGGAAUUCGUUAGGGACGACAAGACGCUGGCUCGGCUGAUCCAGCUUCUGGACCCCUCCAAUGACAGUGUGCCGAAGAAGUACCCGCUCUCGGCUCUGUUGGUCCUGUCGUCAAGCCGGAGCUGCCGGAAGAAGAUUGCCACCGCCGGCGCCUGCCCGUAUCUGCAGAAAUUGGCGGAUAUGGACGUUGCCGGAGCUAAGAAGAUCCUCCGCCGAUUAUCCGGAAGCCGUCUCAGAGACAUCUUCAAUUGGAGAGAAUAACUAACUUGCAGAGGAGGCAAUUGGAAGGUUCUAACUGUCAUGGAUGAAGGAGGAGGGAUAAUCAGAGCUCCACCAUAACAGGACAACCCCCAAAAAAAUCCAAAAAAAAAAAAAAACACAUAUACCUUGUUACAGAAAAGAGAAGGCAGAGGUAAUUGAAUAGAGAAUAAAAAUGGCUCUUUCGCUAAUAUAAUACAAAUAUUGUUGUUGUUACUUUAUUAUGGUCAUUUAAAAAAAGAAAUUGGCGAUGCAGAUUUUUUAGGAUUGUAUCCCACUUUUUUUCUCUUCUUUUUUUGGACUGUAGAUGUUUGAGUUGCAGAGGAAGAGGGAGAAGAGUGUGGUCAUCAUGUGUUUGUGAUCUUUUUCCUCUUUCUUCUGUCUUAACUUGUUCUAAUUGUAUAUUUCUCUAUUCGAUCUCCGCAUCCUGAGAAAGCCAUGAGUUUUUUUGUUUGGCUUGUGUUGUUUCUGUAUCGAAGGUCAGUUGGCGUUCAUUAAUGUAAGAAAUCUGAUUGCUUUUUUA